AUGUUUUUAAUUACAGAUGUUGGAUCACCUGAAGGUAUAAGUAUCGAUUGGGUGUCUAGAAAUGUCUACUGGACUGAUUCAACUAAAGACACCAUCGAAGUAGCCAAUAUCGAGACAAAAUUAAGAACCACUCUAUUUAAAACUGGCUUAGUUAAUCCACGUGGAAUUGCAGUACAUCCCCAGAGAGGAAAAAUCUUUUGGAGCGACUGGGACAGGGAUGAUCCAAAAAUUGAGUGGGCGAAUGCAGACGGUACCGGGCGUGAAAUAUUUUUAAAAAGUGACAGUGUGAAGCUACCAAACUCAUUGGUUAUCGAUUUUGAUACCGAACGUAUCUGUUACGCGGAUGCGGGUACGAAGAAGAUUAUGUGUCUCGAUAUUGACUCCAAGUAUGCGCACACUAUUGCAGAAAACUGCACCUAUCCAUUUGGAAUAACAGUCACAGAUGAAAUCAUUUAUUGGUCGGAUUGGAUUUCGAAAAAAAUUGAACGCGUAAACAAACACACACUGGAACGUUUGAAACCGCUAAAUGUGCCCCUUGCUGGUACCAACAAAUUGUACGGGUUAGUGGCCGUCCCUCAACAUUGCUUGGGGUUAGUCAACGUGUGCCAAUACUACAAGAGUCAGUGUCCGGUCAAUCACAUAUGUUUACCAGAUGGCAAAGGGAGUCGCAGAUGUGUGUGUGGAUACGACAUAAGUUCCCCAUCCAGUAAACCUCCUUGUAUUCCGUAACUUUGUCGUUUAUAUUUUAUCACCAUUCAUCAUUCAUUUGUAGAAAUAAAGCAAAACGUGUUUAUUUACUAA